AUGAUCAAAGCCAUGAAGCUCAAGCUACUGGGGCAAAACAAGCAGUCGAAGGAUAUGCGCACGCUCGCUGUGAUGUUCAUCGGUAGGUCCCUCCUCUUGGAGAAUUCUUUGAUUGAGCUAAUCGGUGGAGACUUUCCUUUUGGCGAGAAAUUCAAGGAUGGACCGAUCGACGAGGUCUCGGAGGCGUGGAUCUCAGUCCGAGGCCGACCUGCCGUGUUGAUGGAUGUUCCAUACCUUCUACACCCACAUGAGGAGAUCACCAGGGUCCGCACCCAUGCGUUUAUUGAUACCUUGAAGGCUGAUUAUGAUUUCAGAAUGUACUAUGUGAUGCAAAGAGGCGUUGUCUUGGAUGAAGACUUGGUCCUGAUGUCCAAAUUAAACGACUGUGUCCGUCAGGCCGGUGGCGCCAAGGGAAUCAAGCUCGAGUUCCGUAUCAUCGUCGACGGCAUCAGGGACGAGGAAACGUACAAGGUGUAUGAGACUAGUAUGAAGAAGGACAAGCUCAAGUCCUUUCUUGCAAACAUGAAGGAUACGCGAUUUUCGUUUGAAAUCCCUGUCAAAGAAGUGAUACUGGUGCGUGCGAUCAAGGGCAUGCAUGGCAUGGAAGUGUUCGAAUAG